AUGCGACGCAGUGUCGGUAGUCACGGCGGGAGCGAGUCGGACGGCGCAAAGUCGACGACGGACGAGGGAGAUGUCAAUAAGCGCAACUUUCUGCGACGUCAUACGGCGAUCACUCCCGGUAACGAAGGCGAUGGCGAGGAGCGCGCGGGUCAAGGGCUCAUCAACAAAUUCCUCGGAAGGCACGACUUCGACAUGGCGAAGCUGUCCAAAAUGAUGGGCGACGAGGCGUUCAAGCUCAAAACGUUUAAGAACUGGGACUCGCACAAGCAGCCCAUCGGUAACGAUUGUACCUGGACUACAACCCGGACCUCGAGAAGCUACUGCUGGAGUACUUGA